UCGGACUUCUAACCGAACAGAACACAAGGGUCGUGUCAUCACAAAAAAAAAAACUAAAGAACUCUGACAAAAUGCGCUUUUGCAUUAUAUUCGCACUCAUCGUAGCGAUCUACGCCGACGCCGAUAAAGCGUCCGAGCAAUCGAUGGUUGCAGCUGUGAAGGCACUACCCACUGAAGAGCAAAGGGCUGUCGCUGGCGCUGAGGUGCAGCCCAACAGCUUGCUGGAGGAUGUGGAUGCCGGCGGUGAGCAUGCGGAAGAAGCCGAGCGUGCAGCGCGUAGUUUCGGCUGGGGCGGUUACGGUGGAUAUGGUGGAUUUGGCGGUUUCGGCGGCUACGGCUACAAGCGUUGGGGUGGCUACGGCGGCUACGGGGGCCACCGAGGCUAUGGUGGUUAUGGAUACCGCCCGCACUAUGCUGUUGUUUAUCGGCAACCUUAUUACCAUGGUUAUGGUCACAAAUAUUGGGGUUGAGUGCGGAUUUGUAAAAAUAUUAAAAUGUGAUUUAAUACGAUUAUAGGAUCUACUAAGAAGUAAAAUAAAUUAAUUUUAAAUAACAACUUAGUAAUGCA